AUGGCGCUCAAACCAGAUAUCGUAGUCGGUGUGGACUUUGGCAUGACCGGUACUGGGGUCGCAUACUCAGUCGCACCAGAAUGGGCACGUCCAGAAGUCAUCCAGAGCUGGCCAGGAAAUACAAGAGGCGCUGUUGCCGACAAAGUUGACUCAAAGAUCUCAUAUGAUCUUACAUCAGGACAAGUAUCUGCCUGGGGAUUUUUCACAGAUUUCACCAUACGCCACCACAAAUACACCGAACUUUUCAAACUUUAUCUCGACCCAGAAUUCAACGCGUCCCAAAGAGAUGCUCCUAGUCUUGAAGAAGCGCGGAAAUGGUUCAGAGAUUUCCUUAGUUGCUUGUACAAGGAAGUGAUGAAGCACCUACGCGAAACAAUUCCGAGGCUCCAAUCACGAAAGAUCGAGUUUUGCUUCAGUGUCCCCACGACGUGGAAAGAUCCCGCCAUGGUCGCAGAGCAUGAGUUGCUCAUCAAACAGGCCGGGUUUGGGAGUGAACUAAACCACAUUGCCCGAAUUACCCUGACUGAGGCAGAAGCAGCGGCUGUAUACGCCUCGAAGCACCAAUACCAAAAAGGAGACGUUUUUCUUAUCUGUGACGCCGGAGGUGGAACAACCGAUGUCAAUGUCCUAAAAGUCGCAGCUCAAGACGACGGACAAACGGAACUCGAGCCCCUUUCCUGGGUAGAGGGACAGCCUAUCGGUUCAACUUUGAUUGACUUCAAGGUUGAAAUUCUCAUGAGAGAACGUCUAAAACGCAUCCGUCAUAAGCUUCCCGACGAUCCAGAUAAUAUCGCUCGUAACACCAUGCGAGAGAGCUCACGUUUUGAAACUUUCAAACGCAACUACGGGAGUGAAUCUUUCAGUCAACUCUAUUUGACACUUCCAAUCUCUCGCCUUCCUCCCGGCUUUAAUGAUGCUGAUGCUCAUAUAGAAGAUUCGAUGAUGGUAGUCUCAAAAGAGGACUUGAGAGAGAUUUUUGAUCAACAAGUCUCAAGGAUUGUGCGCCUCCUCGAGGAACAACUGGCGACACUGCAGCAGAGCCAUCCAACGGAGUCGAUAAAUUAUUUGGUUCUAUCGGGCGGGCUCGGGAGCUCACCAUACCUCUACCAAAGACUGAAGCUACAAUUCGAAAAUGGCGCCUGUGGAUCCAUCAACACGCAGAACUUGGCGAUUUUGAAAGCCGACAAGCCUCAGCUUGCUGUCGUUCGAGGACUUGUGAUGGAUAGAGUGCAAGAAAUUACCUCGGACCGAAACAUAUAUGUGGAAAGGUGCUGUCGCAAUUCCUACGGCGUGAUUGCGCGUCAUCCAUAUAAUCCCAUAUUCCAUCACGGAGAGCCGGUUUCCGAAGAUCCACGAGAUAAACAAAGAUGGGCCGAGCAGCAGAUAGAUUGGUUUAUCAAACAAGGAGAUAAAGUAUCUGUCAAACAAGGCAUCAAGCAGCACUAUCGACUCAAAUUGGACCCAGGCCGAGAACAAUUGCCUUGGAAGACCCAAAUCGUCAUGUCCCCCCUUCCUGUCCAGAGACUGCCCACAAGCAUGCGGAAAGACGGUGCCAGAACGGUCUGUGCCAUUGAAUCAGUUCUAGAUCCUUGGGAUCUAAAGCUCAAGAACCGUCACUGGUACAACACUAAGCCGAAAUAUUACAGAGCCGAGUUUGACGUUCAGAUGCUCAUUGGGUCCGCAGACCUGAAGUUUCAGGUGAUGGGGAAGAACGGGACCUUGAGCAAGAAGCACGAUGAUAUCAGUGUCCGCUGGACAAACUCCACGAAGCAGCAAGAGCCCACUUGGGAAAGAGAAAGACCGGGGGAUGAUUUUGGACUCUAUCGAUUCUAG